UAACGUUAAGACAUCUCUAACAAAAAGUGCAUGUCAGCUAGCAGCGAUUGGAUAUACCCUGUUGAAGUGAGGACAAACAUGGAAGAUGAUGGAACAGACGACAUCUUCAGGGACAUAUACUAAGAUCAAGCUAUACUAUAACACAAUUGCUAAGCGGUGUUUAUUCUUUGACUAAUGGAAUUAAUGCUGAUUUUAUUAGAUCGGAUCAAUUAAUCGGACAGUACGGAACAGGGUCUAUCAGUGGCGUGUUUAUGAAUUAAUGAGCGUGACCAUCUCUGGGCUUUGAUGGUUAGUGGCAGGUAAACAAAGCUGACCUCUCACUGUCUUGUUUUCCAUUGAUGCCUUUGACUUCUCACGGCCGUGGUCAGAAUUCAGUUGCAUGUUUCAGUGUUUUGGUGUUUGUAAUGUGAAUAAAGUGCGACAAAAUGAAGACUUCAUACAAUCUGGAAAACCAUUCUGAUGGUGAUGACCGGCAGGUCUAUAAUAAGGUUGAAAACAGUUUUUCUGUCCGUGAAAACGGAGCACCGUUCAGCAGUAUGGCAGAUUUGGAUGUCAGUGACGUCAUCAUAAAGACGGAAGCAGAGAACGAGGACACGAGAGACAGACAUAAUGACAGUCUUAUCACCGACCUUGAUGACGUCAGUGUAUUAUGUCAUGAGGAAGAGAAACCAAGAUCAGAAUGCUUUAACGUGAAUAGUAAGGAUUCAUCCAGCAAGAAUAAUCACAUCAACGUUUUAGAUGGUGUCAACACUCUAAGCGAAAACGGACUCCACAAGGCCGCGAACGAGGAUGAGACUUUAAACAAUGGAUGUGAGAUUGAGCUAAACGCCAGUACGAACAUCCAUGAAGUUUCAAAGAUGGGACUGAAUUCAGAGGAAAUGGAACGCAAAAAACUAACGAAUCCAUCAGAAGAAAAGGAGUCUGUACAAGAUGUUGAUAUGGAAGCUGUUAAGGAUUAUGUUUUAAAAAUUGUCAACCGAGCACGAGAAAUAGUUCAGAAAGAAUCAGAGAAUAGCACAAAACCGAAGAACCAUCGGUCCACAAAACCAUGGGCACAAAGACUUCUCGAAAUAUUCUGCUUUCGAAGAAAAUGAAAGUGCGAUAGAUAUUCAUGUGUAAAAAUAAACAUCAUGGAUAUUGUGAAUGAAAAUUGAUCAGUCGCCAUGGCGGCUUCAGUUGGAAAUAUACUAGUACAACGACUGCGCUGGACGUCAAUUUCGAGCCAUUGGCUUCACUUGGAAUCUGAAGAGAAUGCAUACCAAUAUGGAAUUCUCUAGUAAAUAUUUCAGGUUGCAGUGAUAAUCUUUAACAAAAAAGUGAAACUUAGUUUUACUGAAUGAAGUAUAUACUGUGACAGUUUC